GUCCAACCUUGGUUUUUGUAAACAUUUUCUUGCAAGGAUUUUUUUUCUUACAUGUGUUUUUACGUCGGAAUUUGAAUUUUAGGCGGUGCAAUUACGUUCAAGAGUAAUAAUAUCGACUCUGUUUCAAUGGAUAUCGCAUACUUCUGACUUCAGACCUUGCCUCUCUGGAGUUUCCACAGUGGAAUUGAGACAGAAAUCUGCCAAAAGCGGGCACUCGCUAAGCAGCGCAAUUGCAUCGGAUGCGCAAGGUAUUUGCCGGAGACGGACGUGUGCGUGCCUGCGCGUGAGGGGUCCGAGGAGCCAGCCGCUGUCCCCGCGCCAAGUGCUGAGGAGUGACUGCCUCGCGCCGCCCUAAAUGCACAGUCUAUCGCGGAGCCUCGACUCUGGGUAGCAAGAUGAGCUCGUGGCUUCUGCAGCUUGCAUUGCUUGCGGCGUGUCUGCGGUGUGGUUGCGCCGAGGGGGAUCCUCUCCCUCCGGCCCUGGUGGAGCUGGUGAGAAGCAGCCCCAUCACCUCCAUCCAGGACCUGCAGCUGCUACUGUUGACUGACUCCGUAGAGGAGGACCCAGACAGUCAGAUGGCCAGAGGGCUGCAUUCCAAUUACACCUUCAAUCGCCUACCCAGGAGUCUUGAUGCGCAGCCAGCACAGCAGGCUCAGUGUAAGGUGCGGACGGAGGUGCUGGAGGUGACCCGAGCCAUGCUGGACCGCCGCAACGCCAACUUCAUGCUGUGGCCGCCCUGCGUGGAGGUGCAGCGCUGCUCCGGCUGCUGCAACGCCAGGACCAUGCACUGCGUCCCCAUCGUCACUCACACCCGAUACCUGCAGGUGAUGAAGAUCCAGUACGUCAACAUGCGGCCCCACUACGACAAGGCCGUCAUAUCCGUGCAGGACCACGUGGAGUGUCGCUGCCAGAGCGCCCCCCCUCAAAAAGGCCCCAGGGCCCACUCGAAGAAGCUCCACCCCCGCAGGCAGAACCCCAAAAACCCCCAGGUCAGGGCGCGGCCCAAGGAGGAGCUGCACCGACUGGACGAGUUGAAGCCGCAUCAAAAAUCCCAGCUGGGGGACAUGGAGAUCCUGGGGCAAAGGUGGCGGCCCCCCGAUGCAUACAUGCUUCCCGCUCAGACAGAGGCAGAGGGGCGGGAGGGGAACUCGCUCCCGGGUCACGACCUUGCGCCUGACCCGGACUGGCAAACCUCGCAGGUUCCCCGGAUCUACAACCACACGAGGCAGCGGGGGGCGGGGGAGCCGGGGGGCCGGCCGCGCGGGUUCGAGUUUCAGAACGAUUACCAGGACGCGGGGGCAAGCGGGGUGCACAGAGAGGGCGUCAGCGGGGCGGAGCCGUGGCACCCGGACGACGGACGGCCGCGUCACCCUGACGACAGGCGGCCGCGUCAGCAGAACCUCACGGAAGACGCCGAUCCUCACCGCCGCAAUCUCACCGACCAGCGGCCGGCGGAGGAGGCUCGGCUUCCGGACUGGGGCCCGGACGCACAGAUGAACAGGACAGAGACAGAGAGUCCUCCCCUGCAGCGGGGUAACGCGUCGCAGCAGCUGACGGAGCUGGGACACCCACACAAUCACAGUCACGCGGAGGAGAGCGACCGGAGGGAGCACGACCAGACCCAGCACAGAGCCAACGGGACAGGCGGCAGGCAGAUGCAGCUGCUGGAGCAAGAGCAGCAGAACUUGGAGGAGGAGAAACGAGAGCUGUUACUGCUGCACCGAAAACUCGACGAGGAGAAGCAGCGGCUAAAAGAACAGCAGCAACAGCACCAUCAUCACGAUCAUCAGCACCACCAUGUACACUAUCAAACGCACGUGCAAACAACCACACAAAGAGCAGAGACAGUGCCACCCACCACAACGAAACCUCCCGCCCCUCCCACUUUCCGCCCCCCCAGCCGGCCCGCCCCGCCCAGGAGGAGAAUGCGCAAGAACAGAAACAGGAUAAGCAAGGCAGCAAUGAGAGCAAUGCUCAUGUAGAGCCAACACACACACGCAGGGCACUGUGGGCUCAUUUUUCCUCCUGGCACAUCGUGAAGGGGGGAUCAUUAGGGCAUUAUUGAAAUUCCUUCUCAUGAGUAAUCGUUUCAUUUUUAUGUAAUAGGUUUGUCCUGUGAGAUACAUUAUGCGGUGACAGCGCGAAUAAUAGUACUAAUAAUUGUCUGAUGAUCACAUAAACUCCUUUGAAAGGAAAUUAAUGUAUUUUAUGAGGCUCUAAAAAUAUGGGACAAGAUGGAUGCCUUGGAGGAAAAGAGUGGCACAGGACUACAAUUCCCAUCAUCCCACUGAGGCAGCAAAAAUGGUGCGUGCACCUAUAAACUCUGGGAGCUAAGCGUACUCAGGACCAUGGGAAUGGAACAUGUAGAAUUGGGAAACCUGUGAAAGUCUGAAAAGAAUUUCAUCAGAGGAAUGAAAAUCAACUCUCAGAGGAACAUGCAAAAAAGCUUUGAUUUGAAGCUCUUUGAAGUCUGACAUGAACAAUCGCUUCCCUGAUUCCUGCCCGAUGUGACCAGACUGGCUUAUGUGUGAUAAGUUCUGGUGAAAACAUUGCAAUUAGUGGCUGCCUCCUCUGCGGGUCUGAGAGUGUGGUAUUAAAGUUGGUCUGCAACUCACAUUCCUUACAUUAAAAAAUCUAUUCCAGAAACUUCAGUAAGUUAACUUCAGUAAGAGUAAACUUCAGAAAAAAAGGAAAAAAGUUUCCUUUAAAAUUUAAAGGAAACUUUAGAGAAAAACACCAAUCACAACAAAGCUCAUGCCGUGAUGUCAAGAUCUUUGAGGUCAUUAAAAGCGAUCAGUCAGACUGGGCUGGACUACACCAAACUGCCAAACAUCUGCCCUAUGAGCAGGAGAAGGAGUGGGACUUCAUUUUCCAGAGAUCUCUGCAGUUCCCAGGAGAAAAAGCACUGAAACUCAAAGAGAAAGAGGGGCAGAGUUACAUCCACACAUCACUACCACAUUAUUAAUGUAAAAUCAUAUUCUUUCUUUGAAUAUAUUUAAUUUAAUUUAAUCUAAACACUGGAAUUGCAUCAAGGGAAAUAUAAAGAGUUGCAUUCAGGUUGCAUUCUUAUUUUUGGAAAACAUUUGCCAGACUCCUUUGGUAAAUAUAAUUGAAAUGCAAGGUGCUAAAAUGUGGGGUAAAGAA